ACUCGGAAUGCAACAGUUCAUUCAGGUGCUAGCAGUCAAGCAAAGAGGACGCUCGUACCUACUGCAGUUUGAAGUCAAGUCUUUGGUUAAUAUACAUAUAUACUUCUGCAAUCUGCAUCUAAUGAGUUCUCUUGUCUUCAACAAGUCCUCUGCUGGUGUUUUUUGUCAAGGAUGGACUUCUUUUCAUAUGGAUGGACACUGCUUUUGUAAUUCUUGGAGAUUACCUUCGCAUCAAAGCACAUUCUAAAUCAAGUGCUUUUUUAAGUAAGACAGUGGCCAGCAAUUAAGGAGCCUGGAUUAAAAAUUAAGUGGCAAUCUCUCACCAAGUGUUUGGAAUUAUAUAGGCCUAUCCCAUUAACUCAACACUUAAUGACCUCCCCUUCCUUGUUCUUUGAAGAUGUUGGUUUAAUAACACCAUCCCCUUUGAAACCAUUUACUCAGGGUGAAACUUGUAAGAGGAGACCUUCGUGCUCCAGCGGACGGACGGCUUUCAUCGCUAAACGAACCCCUUUUUCCUAUUGUGUAUGUAACAGUGGACAAGAGCACCUUUCUCAUUGUAUGAGCCAACACUGAAUACGCCUCUGCUUGAUAUUGAUGUUUGCUGUAGGUCAACAACCCACUGCAUCUAACACAGUACUGAGUGAGUCUCCAUGAGCUCAGCCACCCGCUGUAUCCCUUGUUGCUUGUGAGAUAUUGUCAGACUUUGUCAUCGGGUUCAAACGGAGUAGCUUCGGGGAAAAUCUCCCUCCGUUCUUCUAACCUACUCGCUUUGCUCCACUGCCAAGUGCAACAUUCUUGAGUGGAAUAUGAUUAGUGAGAAUUGCUGACGCAUUGCUUAUGGAUAUGUUAGUUUGGAUAUAUACCUUUCGCUUUCUUGGAUGAUACUUGACUUGGUUAGUCAUUACCUUGUCAAACAGGAAUUAACUUCUUCAAUUGGAUUACUCCAGUUGUGGCUUCUGUGCUGAUAGUGCUAAAGGAUUGCAGUGUCAUUUUCCAGAGGGAGGAGGUAAAUAGGAACAAAUGUCAAGAUGGCAGCCUUCUGGAAGGCUCUUCCACCAUGUGUCGUAGUGCAGUGUGUGAUGCUUCUUCUUGCAUUCUUACAAACAUGUGAUAGCGUACCUGGUUUACGGAGAAGACGUCAGUCAGGUAUGGAAAACCUCUUCUACACCAGUGUAUGCGAGAGCAAAACAAUGGAUCUACGCUGCCCUGUUGGAUUCGCUAUUCAUAUUGAAACAGCAAACUUUGGACGUACGGACAAUGUAACAUGUACGAGUGGGCCUGUGAUAACCUCUGAGUGUUUUUCAGACAACGCCAAAGAAAUCGUUGCCAAUAGUUGUAACAACCGUGGUACCUGCACAAUCCACGCCACAAUGCAAUUAUUCGGCGACCCUUGUCCGGAAGAGCCCGCUAAAUUCCUUGAAGUCAAACUACGUUGCCGAUUACCCACAACGACAAUAGCACCCCCCACCACCCCUGCAAGGGAGACUACAACAGUCACCACGAAAUCACCCACCACCACCCCACAACCCCGCGAGAGGACAAAGCAACCGAUCAUCAUUACUCAGUUGCCCAACGAUGCUACCACGCUCUCACCGGAUGGUACUACCACCAUGCUACUACCUGUGACAACCAAAGCAGCAACAACAGCAACAACCCGUAGGCCGCCUACAACAACACCAACAACACCAUCCACAACAGUUGUUCAAACCACCAGAAAACCUGAGUUUUGCAUGCCAAUAAUUGUGAGAGGUGUCCAGUGGGAACAUGCUCCAGCAGGUACAAUUGAUGUGCAGGCAUGUCCACCAGGUCAUACAGGUCAAGCUAUGUGGAGGUGUGAUGGUUCCCCAGCACGGUGGACACCAGAGUCUGGUCCAGACCUGAGUGACUGUAUCUCACUCAAACUAAAGAAUAUUUCAGACCAGUUGGAGAACGGAGCAUCGGUUGCAACUAUCUCUCAAGAUCUUGUCGAGACCAUUGACGAAGGCGAGGAGCUGUAUGGUGGGGACAUCGUCGCAGCAACCGCAAUCUUGACGACAUCGUUGGAGAACCUUGACAAGGAACUGGAGAAUGCCACAGUCGCUGAGAAGAAUGAGAAGACCAAAGAAGUCACAAUGAAUUAUUUAAAAGUUGGAAGCACCAUCCUGGAAGACACCAACCUAGAUUCCUGGGACGAUCUCUCCAAGGAGGUCCAGACAGAGACAGCAUCCUCCCUCAUCACAUCACUGGAAGAGAGUGCUUUCCUCCUGGCCAACACCCUUGAAGAUGAUCAGCCAUUCAUUGAUGAGGAAGAGAACGUUGUUAUGGAGGUGGUGGUACGAACUGAGGAUGACGACGAUGACCUGAUCUUCCCUGAUCCAAACAAUUUAUCAGAUGAUUGGAAAGGGAUCACAGACUCUAUCACUCUCCCUGCGGAUGCUAUCAAAGGAAGAAAUAAAGAUGGGAAAUCCAAAAUUGUUUUACUGGCGUACAAUAACAUCGGACAGUUCCUGGGCACGGACGACAUGGAAGAAACAUCGACGGUACGAACGACGAUCAAACCGGCGAAGCAGGUCGCACGACGUCCCUGCAGCUCAGAGCCUGAAGAGAUGUGGGAGGAUCUUGGUCAGACGGUCAACUCUCGGGUUCUUUCGGUGUCUAUCAAUGACCCGUGGGAGACCACACCGCUCGUCAAGCCUGUCAAUCUAACCUUUCAACAUGCUGUCACAGGGGAGAAUGUUUCUGAUCCGGUCUGCUCUUUUUGGAAGUUUGAUAACAAAUCUGGUGAAUUCCGUACAGGAGAAUGGUCAGAUAAAGGAUGUGUGAUGGUCCAUAACAAUGAUACGCAUACUGUCUGUUCGUGUGACCAUUUGACCAACUUUGCAGUCAUCAUGAAUGUCAAACGAGGUGUUCCACUUCAGAGAGGUCAUGCCUUUGCGUUAUCUUUCAUCACUUACUUCGGUUUCAUCAUCUCGAUACCGUGUCUGAUCCUGGCUCUCAUCACAUUCUCGAUAUUCAAGAACCUACAAAGUGACCGCACAACAAUCCAUAAGAAUCUAUGCCUCACGCUAAUUAUGGCUGAGGUCAUCUUUGUAGCUGGUAUUAGCCAAACAGCCAAUCAGACGGUUUGUGCAGUGAUCGCGAUACUCCUGCAUUACUUCUUCCUCUCGGCGUUUGCUUGGAUGUGCUUAGAAGGUAUCCAGCUCUACAUCAUGCUGGUCGAAGUCUUUGAAGCCGAGAGUUCAAGACGAAAAUACUACUAUCCGUUUGGAUAUAUUGUACCUUUGGUGAUAGUUGGUAUAUCUGCAGCUGUCGACUUUGAAAGUUAUGGAACUCCAGAUUACUGCUGGAUGUGUGCAGAGAGCAACUUACAAUACGCCUUUAUUGCACCAGUUUGUCUUAUUAUAUUUGGAAACGUUCUGUUCCUGUCAAUGGCUCUGUUUAUAAUGUGUCAGCAUAGCACACUACAAACCAAUCCAAAGGAGAAAACACCAAAGGAAAAAGCAACCCGGAAAUACCGUAGGCUAUCAGCGUCAAUAGCACACCUUCGUCGAACAUCAUCCAUUUUCUCCAAGCAUGGCCGAAAGAGAUCAAAGGAGGUGGAUCCUUUAGACUAUUCCAUGGAAAAUUCUGACAAAUUAGCACUGGGAAAUACCAAAGCUGAAGCCUUCAAGUCGUUAGUGAGAGGGGCAUUGGUGCUGCUCUGUCUACUGGGGGUGACGUGGGCGUUUGGUCUCCUUUACGUGACGGAUGAUCUCAUCGUCUUUGCGUACCUCUUCACCAUUACAAAUGCAUUCCAAGGAUUAUUCAUCUUCUUAUUCCACUGCUGCAUGAAUGAUAAAGUGAGAAAAGAAUACAGAAGAUAUGUACGUAACAGCACGUGGAUACCUACCUGCAUACGAGAGCAAUACGGAGGAACAUUCCUGACAAACUCAAACCAACAGAACUCCUACAGAUCAAGCAGUGCUCAAAAGAGACCAGACAGUAAACGCUUCAGUAAUACAACAGGCUCAUAUAGUAUGGACAAUCAGAAGAUAUCCAAUUCAUCAGUUUAUAGAAAUUCAGGUCAAUACGAGCAAGUGAAAUUCAACUCUGAGAUGAGCGUGCCGGAAGAGGAGGAGCAGGUUGACUUUGGUGCAGCAAAGGUGAUUGCAGAUGAAGGAAUCAGCAUGGACUUUGAAGAACACCCGGUUCACGAGUCCACCCGAGUUGAUGCGGCAGAUACCACUGAACCACAGGACAACAAGUCUGUGAUCACCCUCGAAUUCCAACCCUUGAUUCUUGAUCUGGAUGUCGACGAUGAAAAGCAUGCAAAGCUGAUAAAUGUUGGACAAGCCGCGGAACGUGAGCCGUCUCCCAUCGAGAUGCAUCCUCUGAUCAGGGAGUCCGGGAUCGGGGGAUCGCGCAGCGGUAGCAGCUGCAGCGAAGACUUCUCCCCCGCGUCGCCGUUAGCGCAGGACAAGCCCAACAAGGCCCACGUCUUCUCCAACUGCGGACCGUGCGGGAUGACGGGGAGCAUGCCCGAUCUUAUCAACCCUCUCACGGCCCACGCCCGCAAAGCUAGGAUGGACCUCGUACCCGUUGCUUACAACAACACAGACAAUGUUGCAGAUGUUGCUGCGAGUGAUAAUGUACACAAAGGGUACCACACGUUACCCCAAACAGCGCCAACAACAAAAGCGCAGAAUUCGCCCACGUAUAAGUACCCCACCGACUCCGUCACAUCACCUUGGUAUAAAAGAGCUUCAAGAAUGGACGACAUCGACUCGGACGAUCAUUCAGCAAAAGAAGCCGAGUCGUUAGGAUCACCGACAUCGCUACAAUCACCAAGAUCGACAAGAUCUGCUCUUGAAACUGUGAUAUAACACAAACUUUUCUUCAGUGAAAAUGAUUAAAAAUCAUUCUAUUUGUCAAAGGCUUACACGCAUUUCUCAUCUAGUACCACCUUUUUUCCUGUAUUCUAAAAAGUUAUUUGAAAUUUGUUUUCUUAGAUUCAUGCCAGCUGUUAGUAUUGAAAGUAAGAAGCAUUUACGAUGAUGAGAGGAAUAGUUCAAUAUGGUGAAUAUAUUCUCAUCAUUUGACCAUCGUCACUGUGUGUGUGAUUUGUUUAUUUUCAUCUUGAACAAUUUUGUUUUUCCAUCAGACUCCCCCCCCCCUUACAAAGCAUUAUAAAGAACAAUUAUUCCAAAGUUGGAAUUCUUCUAACCAAAUAGGUUGAAAUAAAUUUUUAUUACAUAUUUUGUUUUUGGAAUAGGUCCCUGCUAAUUCAUUGAAGUGUUUGAUAUGCUAAAGGAUUUUGGACCAUUAAAU